CACCAAGCUAUGUAGUAAUAUAUCGCUUCUCUAGUUCAUACUUGUUCACAAAAUCUUCUCUCAUGUACACUCUGCAUUUUUAUAUUUUUAUUUCGCUUGUAGCAGUGACAAAUUGUUGAUACGCGAGACACGCAACGCAGGUGACUGUCUACAGCUGAAAUAUUUCCAGUUUUUUUUUCAAAUUUAUAUCAGUUAUUACUAUUUGGUGCAUAAUGGCAAUUGGUUUUAUCACCAGAAAGAAAACUACAGUGUUUUCUUUCUGGAUGCGUGAUGAAUUUUGAAAUACCGCCCGGCCUUACGGAUUUACUCCAGGAGUUUACCGUUACGGUUCUCCGGGAGAAGCCCGCCGAUCUCGUCGAGUUCGCUGCCCAAUAUUUUACAAAGCUGAAUGAAAGCAACAGCAAAACGGCGGGACGACGAGGUGUGAAGUUUUCGGAGCCGUCCGACCCGGACGAGCCCAUGCAGACAGAUUCCGAUGAUGAAUUACCGCCAGAUCUUCCAAAGAAUAGAUUUAACAGGAGAAAAUCAGUAUGUGCUGAAAGAUAUGAUCCAGAAGCUGAUGAUGAUGAAUCAGAUGAGAAGGUUGUUUUUCCCAAAACAGAUGAUCAGCGGAAGCGUCUCGCUGCAGCUGUUAAAAAUAUUCUCAUAUUCAGGGCUUUAGAUCAGGAGCAAAUGCAGGAAGUUCUUGAUGCCAUGUUUGAAAAAAAGGUUGAACCAAAUGAACAUAUUAUUGAUCAGGGAGAUGAUGGAGACAAUUUCUAUGUAAUAGAUAGUGGUAUCUAUGACAUCUAUGUAAAUAACAAGAAAGUUGGUGCCUAUACUAAUCAAGGAAGUUUUGGUGAAUUAGCCCUUAUGUAUAACACACCUAGAGCAGCAACAAUUAUUGCAGUUUCUGAUGGCAGUGUCUGGGCACUUGACCGACUGUCAUUUAGAAGAAUUGUGCUGAAAAAUGCUGCUAGGAAGAGAAAAAUGUAUGAAACAUUGCUAGAAACAGUACCAAUGCUGUCAUCAUUAACUCCUUAUGAGCGAAUGAAUCUUGCUGAUGCUCUUCGUUCUAAGUCGUAUAGAACUGAUGAACAGAUCAUCCGACAGGGAGAUGAGGGGGAUGGUUUUUAUCUUCUUGAACAUGGUGUUGUUAGAAUUGCAAUGAAGAGCAAGGUAAGUAAAAUACACAUGUUUGAGUUGGCGUUAGUAACACAUAAACCAAGGGCGGCAUCUGCCUAUGCUAUGUGUGAUACAAGAUGUGCAUUUCUAGAUGUUGGUGCUUUUGAGAGGCUACUUGGACCAUGCAUGGAUGUUAUGAAGAGGAAUAUUAGUAAUUAUGAAGAACAGCUUGUCAAAUUAUUCGGCAAAAGUAUAGAUCUUUCCGACGCUCGGUCAUAGAAGUUAGCACACACUGCCAAUUUUAUCAGCUACUGUACUUCUAAUCCUGCCAGAGGGAAAUCAUUUUCACAUUCAGUUUUGUGCAACCUAUUGUUGUUUUUUUUCAAUAAUAAGCAAGUGACAGUUGUAUCCAGUACCAUGUGUAUAUCUUUAUGUCUGUGGAUUUAAGUCUAGUAUCAUAUCUCAGCUGGUGAUUCUCACUUUAAAACUGAAACUCAGAUUUUAAACUGAGAUAAAAAGUGGUGAUAGUAACAAUUUCAUUUUGUGCAAUCAGUGCUUAAAUUCGGUUGUCAGGUCUCAAUUUAUAACUAAUGUUUUUGUUAUUUUAAAUUGUAUUGUAUAAAUUUGGCAACACAGCAAUUGACAAUGUAAAGUAUACAUUAAAUUUCUGCUCACUUGAGAAGUUGUAAAUGCACUCUAGUAUGUUUUUUUGUUAUCUCUCCACUGUUGUACUCCUUAUAAAAUUAUUUUUCUCAAUAUCAAAAUGACACUUUUUUUAUAGGAGCAAAAUGGUGUACCAUGUAUACUCUUGAAUAUUCCCUUGUGGAAACACUUGUUUAUGGUUGAAGUGCAGUUAGUAUAUUUGAAAAUGUAAGCUCCACUGCUUUUGUGAAUUUUAGUCAUUUUCUAAUGCUUCUUAAACUAUAUUCCAAGUCUAUAGUUAAAAGUAUUUAUUAGUUCCUACGAAAAGUAGAUUUUAGUAUCAAUAAAUACUAAUAUAACUUACUUAGAUCCAUCUUCCAUUAUCUAUUGCUGAAAGUGAACAGUCUGUUUAUUUGUAAAUAUUUUGAAAUUUUAAAAAACAUUUUUGCUUUGACAUGUUCUAUCACUCGUUAUCUAUCAAUCACUCUCAUUCAAAUUGAGUGCGAUCUGUUCGUAAUACUUCCUUACACAAGUGGGUGCUUUUUUGAAACUACAUAUAAGUUAUAUUUUAUUUCACAUUAUUUAAAUAAGAAGCACACAGAUUUGUUAUUUUUUUUCCCCCCAUACUCCAAAUCUCCAUUUAACAAUAUCACUGUAAAACAAAUCACAAAACAAGUAUUAAACCUUUUGUCAGAUGAAAAUACAUAAAACAUUUCACUCAUCUUUGUUAAUGCAAGGGCUAUUUGAUUUAGAACAACUUGGACAUGCAUCAUUAACAUCUUAUUAUGGAGUUGGCUGAAUGGCGGUCAUUUCAAAACAACGAAAAUAAGCACUUGAACAUGUCAUCUACUAUUUCUCAGAAAUGCUUUACUCUGUAGGACAUUGUCAUGCUGAACUCUCCCAAUAUUCAUUUAGAAUAUAUAUUUUUCAUUGUUUGUAAUUCACACAGUCACUAAAAACAGAACAGGGACUAUGUCAUUGAUAAUGACUUGUCUUAAUAUAGAGUGUAUAUUUGCUGUAACUUUCUGUUUAUUACAUACAUGUACUAGUCUUCUAUUUUAAAUUAUGUUGAAUUCACACUUCUCAUCACUGUUAAACUUUUACGAUCUGGAAAUGUGGCCAAUCUUUCAAAAAUGGUAAAUUCUGAAGAAGAAAACAAGUUUUGAUUUCCAUCAGUUAUAUAUGUAAGGAACACAAUCUUGAUAUCCAUCAUAAGAUACAGCUAAUUCUCAGCAUCAUUAAUGCAUGCAGCUUUGGAAUAUUUCCACUCUACUUGUUUUGUGUUUCAUGGGAAAAGAUCAACAACAAGAUACUGCAUCGAACAAACUUUGUAAAUGUAAUUUGUGCCAUAUUCCAUCAUUUAAGCCUCAAUACUGAGUGGCACACAUAACUCAUUGUUUUCCCAGUAUUUUUGCAAAUCGUUUCUGGCAAAAAAAGUGUUGUUCUUGGUAGUUCAAGGUCACUUAAUCUCUGCUGUUUUGUAUUCGUGAUGCUGAGAAUUGUUUGUAGACUUUGAUGGCUACAUGUACAUGUGUAAAUUUAUAAUCCCAGAAUGAGCGACAUAGUGCUAUAUGUUGUUGUGUGUGAUUACUCCGGGUCGCUAUGUUGUACAGCAAACUUUUCAAGGUAGUGGAAAUGUUUUUAUGUGCCAAGGGACCAAAUUUAUAACCACUCUGUUAGUCAUCUUGGAUAUGACACAAAUUGUUUGUUAAAGAUUCUUUCAUAAAUUGAUGUUGAUAGAUGUGAAUUUCACAUCUAUCUAUCUUUAAUUUAGUUCCCAAUUAACAGUUAAUUAAUGUAUAAUGGACUGAUCAGUUACAAAACUACCAGUUUUAAUGAAAUAAAGUUUUUAUAAAACCUGA